GUGACAUAGAGAUCGGCUUGUCGGAGAGGAAUGGGGGUCUGGAGGUGGAGGUCGUCCAGGCCAGAGGACUCACCAUGAAGCCAGGUUCAAAGGGACCUCCAGCGGCAUACAUCAAAGUUUACCUCCUGGAGAACGGCAUCUGCGUGGCCAAGAAGAAGACCAAGUCGGUGAGGAAGUCUCUGGACCCUCUCUACAACCAGGUCCUGGUCUUCUCUGAGAGCCCUCAGGGGAAAGUGGUGCAGGUGAUCGUUUGGGGCAAUUAUGGACGUAUGGACCGCAAAUGCUUCAUGGGCGUGGCUCGAAUCCUAUUGGAGGAGCUGGACCUCAGUGCGAUGGUGAUCGGCUGGUACAAGCUCUUCCCUACCUCCUCCAUGGUGGACCCAACGAUGGCGCCACUCAUCCGCCAUUGCUCCCAGAUGUCCCUGGAGAGCACCAUCGGGCCCUGUUCUCCAGGGUCAGCAAUGGGGUGAAGAAUCGUGUCACUCGAGGACGCUUUGGACCGAACCAUCCCUCUGAUCGGACAGUGAUCCUUCUAAUUCGUGGGUCAUUGGAAACACACUGUAAUUCUUUUGAUAUUUCAUCCGACUGUUUCCCGGGACUCAAGGGAAACAAGUUUCUUUUGUUGAUGCAACUGACCGCCCCCUCUGACUCCCGGGGAACUGUUGCUCUCUGCAGAUCUCUUUGAUGAAAAACAAAAAAAAAACACCUAAUGAGGAUACUUCAAAGGAGGGCUCGGUUGCCAACAUUGAUCACAUCCUUCUGGGACCGGGAUACACUGCGGGGCUCAGCUUUGCUUCAGCUACGCGCCUUCUUCACAGCCCCGCUCUGGAUUCUUAUUAUCAGGACAGCUAUUUGUCUUUCUGUGUUGACGGCUCCUGAGUGAAAUCUCUGCGUCCACUAGUCCGGGAGAGGAAGUGACACUGCCCUCUGGCUGUUUGGGACACAAGCAGAACGUUGUGAACGGCCAGACAACAGAGGACUUUUUGCAGAAGAAUUAAGCCUAUCUGUUGUAACAAACCAAGACAUCUUGGUUUUGAACACUCUGAAUUUGUGUGUGUGGGUGUGUGUCACACAUUUGGCCCUUCAGUGUUCACUUUAUUUUGUACUUAAUGUAUCAGAGCAGAGUAGGUAUGAAUGAAGCUCGACAUAUGACCUGGUCCUGGGGAUUUCAGAGUGCUGCUGGUUUUUUUUUUCACCAGUUUUUUUGUACCUGCACUGCACGGCAAACAUUGGUUAAUGAGUGGAUUAAUGAGGUCCCAAAUGGAGUUAUUCCAUUAAGAUUUCCAGUAUCUUCAUUGGCCUCCAAUAUUGCCAUAAAUGAGGUGUCAGGUAACGGCCAGUACACUACUUAAUGCACCAUUACAAUACCAUAAUUUGAACGCCUCUGAGCAUCGGUUAGGAAAAUGAUAAUGUGAUGAUGAACAACAAGGCUGCAGAUGUAGCGGAGAUGUAUGCUAGGCAUUAAUCAUUCAUUUCUGACAAUAAUUUAAAUUGUGUUAAUCAGACUAUUCUUGGUAUGGGAAUCAGCAUCAGGUUGAAAAGAGCAACCAGCAGGUUCUGAGCUCCCAAGGAUCAAAACUGGGGCCCUGAAAUCGUCUAGUGUGCCGGCUUUACUGAGUCAUUAUCUCUCGGAGAAAGGGCAGGUGAUAAAAACUAACAGCCUCACGGGUUUCUAGGUGCCAUUACACCUGGUUGUUUCCUGUAUCAAUGCACAAAUUGAGAUAUCUGUCGUACAUGAGCAGGUGCUGAUCAAACCAAGACCUUUCAUGAAGAGUUGAAAAUGGAAUUAAUCAGGUAACAGUCACUGGAUCAAGACAUCAUGCAAGACAUCGAAUAAGGUUACAAAUGACAGAUGCAUGCAACUGUCAAAUUCACCACCAUGAAACCGUGUGGAUGCAAUCCUUUAGAAACAGCCAGGUGUAAAUUUGCGAGUCCUCAUCGUGCUAAUUUAUGUCGGUGCGUUUUAAGUUCUCACUUCCACCAGACAGUUCGAGCGCAGAGAGAGUUUCUGUCCUCGCGUCGUGGCCCUGACGUGAGAUUCUAAUGCUAACUAUUUACAUGAUCGAUGAGGAUGGCAGCCAGGCGGACGGCGUGCUGUAAAUCCUUUUUUUUUUUAAAGCUUUGGCUAACAGUUGUCUAAUAACAGUUUCUACUGUGCCAAUUUCUACCAGCAAGUGUCUUCUCCUUCCUCUCCUUCAGACAGCGAGUGGCAUGUGCUGCUGUGAGGGAGGAACACAGAAACGAGCGCCCACGACGUCUAACAGCAGCAUCAGGCCGUGCAGAGAAGCAUCCCUUUUAUUCUAAAUUACAGCCCUAAUCCACAUACCGCCACGGCACCCGGUGAUUAAUCGCACUACGACUCUGUUAGCAGGGAGGAGGAAGAGGGAGCGAGGAAGCAUGACAUGUACUCUGCAUCGUCUGAAUAAAAGGGUUCUGGUUUCACACAUAGGAUGAGUUCAAAGGGAACGCUGCGUGCAAACUGUUUAAAGAUGAGCAUGUGUGUAUUUUGAUUUGGGCACUUUACGAUCCUUCAUGUCUUUUUGUGUGUAAAUAUUAUGGUCGUUAGCAUCUAAUGGAGGGAGCCAAAGGUGAUCUAUAAUAGCUGAUUAAUGUUAAAACUCUGAGGGGAGGGGGAGGGGAUAAUCUUGCAUUAGUAACAGUAAGACUGUAGCAUUAGCUGGUAGCAUCCGCAUGGUUAAUUAAAACGUCUAAUUGAUUAGCAGACAACCUGAUAAGACUUUAGCAUGAGCUACACAGGCGGAGGAGUUGGAAUGAAAAUGCAGUACGAUUGUUACUGAGGUAAACACAUGCAUAUGUUGCGGCUCGAUUCAGAGAUUUGAGAAAUGUCACGUCAGAGGAUGAUUUAUUUUUCAAUUUAAUAUUUAAUUCAAAUCCAAACCAUGUGGAGAAACUUUUACUUAAUACAAAAUGUGCAAAAUAGGCGUCUGUUUUGCUAGUAGCAGCGUUGCAGGGAUAUUAACACUGGAUUUAUUUCCAAACAGAUUUGCUACAUUCUGUGAAGCAAUAAUUCAAAAAAACACAAAAAACAGCAGCCGGUCGUCGAAAGCUUUUUCAGUCGUUCUGUCGACACCGAGGAUAAAUGAGAAUCUGAGCAUGUGUUUCUGUCCUCAGACGGAGAAUUGACGUUAGCUUGUAGCAAUUGUUUAAAAUAAAAAAAUAUCGUUAUGCAUAUUUUUUGAGAUGGUGAGGAGAAUUCACUUGAAUAUUUUUUCAUCUGUUGAAGAUAAUAUAUAUGAGCAAUCAUGUGGUGUAUCCCCAUGGCAAUUAUUUUAAUGUUUUGCAAACUUGUCAAGACAAUUUGAACGAUCUAGUUUCAUAUUUUUAAGAUUAUUAGAUUUAUCUUUAGCCAUGUUUGUCAUUCACAAGUUUAAAGCUGGAGAUAUACUUGCUUUUGACAUUGCAUAUACGUUUGCAGGAUUGUUGUGGCGCAUUCCCCGUGCACAUCAUCAAAAGAUGAAUGUGAUCUCAACAUGCACAUGAACAGCAGGGGGCAGUGUAGAGGCAGAAGCGAUGUGACUCAGUCAGCAGGGACAUUAAAAGACAACAGCUUGAUUAUCAAGAGUCAUUGUCACCGCACAGCGACAAACAUGCCCGUCAAAAUAUCUACAGACGGUUUAAAUCAAUUCUAGCAGUCGAUAAGCAGGGAUGAUGUGACGGUGGGUUCUGUCCUUUAGUCUUUAGUCUGAGCUGAUCUGAUGUUACCCCUGACUUUUAACUGUUUCUUUAGUUCUGAUCUCUGGAUUAAGAUGACAAUAAAUUCCUCGAGUCGUUUCUUAGAAUGCUCUCUCUAGUGCGCCCUCUAGAGGUAUCCUCCAGUAACACGUGUUGUGCAAAGUCAUGUAUGUUCAUGAUGCAGCUGGUUGUGAACACAAAGACAAGGUUAAAAGUCAAUCCUGCAGUUCCUCGAGUGUCCACUAGAGGCUGGCUGCAGAAGCACAGGAAGUCACAUACACACCCAUUCAAAAAA